AAAGGCACUGAGGUUCUUACAUAAAUACAAAAUAAAUGUUUCGGGACAAAGCACAAAUAUCGACUUCCAGUGAUCCUGUAUUUUUUAAAUACGACAAUAUAGUCUAUUUAAAUAGACUAAUAUUACGUUUUACCAGCAAUUUUAGCCCUGAGCCCUAAGAAACCGUACGGAUGCUGUGUCUGGCGCAGUGCAGAGUGGGCACACUGACCGCUAAAGCAGCUUUAGAGACUCCAUUCUGAAUGGGUUACCAGCAGAGUCAUGCACCGCAUCUGCAUCCCAGCUAAGACAAAUCAUUUAAAACCAUAAAACACUAUGAAAAUGAACACGGAUCGAUUCAACCUCACUGUUGACGAGUAUCUAUCUGAAACGAAUGUCCUCUUCUAUCUCAACGAUGCAGUCACACAGCUACUUGAACAUAAAGAGGAAUACACUCAGUUCGGUGUGGUCCGAUAUUUUGCAGAAUAUUUUACCAGUGUGAAGAAUGGGAAUCAUGUGCUCUUCAGGGAAUUCAGUUACAUCAAGGCGACUCCUCAUAACAGAGAGUCUUUCAUCCAUAUCUUCUGGAAAUGCUUCAGACAGAUUGGCAAAAAUGGGGAUCUGUUGGCAAUGUCAGAAUACAGUUCACUUUUACAGCUGUUGUGUCCUGACUUUCCUAAUAAUAUGAUACAAAAUGCAGCCAGGAUUGUCCUGAUAGAUGACGCCACAGACUGUCUAAUGUCAUUCUCAGAUUUUAUUUAUUCAUUCCAAAUCCAGUUCUAUUAUGAAGAGUUUGUGGAGAGCGUGUCUGUGAUUUACCAAGACCUGCUGUCGGGGAAGAACCCAAACACCGUCAUAGUCCCGACCUCCACCUCAGUGGAGCAGUUAUCCAGCACAGCCAACGAGGAGCCAGAUGCUCAAGAAGGCGUAGACUCCUCCAUCUUUAUUGAAUGUAUAGAGGGACUUUGUGAGAGGUUUAAACACAAGUUUCCUUCCACUGUUGCCAUUAAGGAGAUCUUAGAGAGCAGUCAGCGAGUGUCUUUCUAUGGCUUCCUGAUGGCCUUGGCCAAACAUGAGGGAGUAAACCAAGACAUCGGUGCUCUUCCCAAUAAAUCGGACCUGCUGAUUGAUCCAGAGAUGGACCAGGAGCUGGAUAGACUCAUAGCUCAAGUCGCCAUCAGCCCGACUUCCAACAACAGCAGCAGCAGCGCUGUGGGACAGAAGGAAACGUCCAAGAAGGCUUCACCGCGCAAGUCCCUGCAUCAACGUAAAAGGAUCGAAAUGGAGAGCGACGGUUCUACAGAGGAGACUGACUCUUCUGAGAAUUAACAUGCACAGACAUGCUUGUUAGCGUCUUUAUGAUUUUUUUUUUUUUUGACUAUUGUUAGUGCCGGUUCACUAAUUUGAUUAGAAAAGUGGCGUUUCAAUAGUGCUGAUGUGUGUCGGUGUUCACUACUUUCUAGUUCUGUGGGCGUCUCUGUAACCCAACUACUUCCGUUUCUGAAGCAAAAAAAUAAAUAAAUAAAUUGGACAGCCAUAUUGUCUGAAAUGACAGUUAUUUUAUGUUAACAACUUCUUAGAACUGUUAGAACUAUAGAACUGUUGCAUAAAAGAAACAUUCAGUAGUAGAGUAAUUGAUCUGUGAUGGAAUUAAACCAAAGAAUAUC